CAGCUUUUCUCGAGGAUACUUCGACGGCACAGACUACUAGAUCGCACGAUGGACGAGGCCUUGUUCCUCUUCUCAUUGUUUUGUGGAGCUCUCUUAUUCUUCGCGGUCAUCUGGUGUUUCCUCUCCACAUGCCUCGGUAUAAAGAUCCGUCGAUCAGAUAUAUGGGAAGCAUUCUCACUACCAUCGAUGGAGAAGAUCAAAGAGCGCGAUAGGCAAAGAAGAGCGAGAGCCGCUAGAAUGCACGAAGCAGGAGAAUAUGAGCUGGAUACGCUGGACGGAGGGGGUAUAGGACCAGGUAUGGGACCAAGGGCCGGAUUGAGCAUGGGAGGUUUAGGGACAAACGAGGAUCUGGAAUUCUUACGGCGACCUGGAUCAAGGUACUAUUGAACGAUUGAAAGUACGAGCGUGGGGCGUGAGGGACG